AUGAACGGCGCAGAGGAGCCCGACAAUGAUGGUGGGGAACAAGAGAAGGCGGAGAGCAAGAUGACUCUCGAAGAAAGGCAUGCGAAGAUGGAGAAGCUUAGGCAGAAGAUGCGCCAAUCCGCACUCGCGAACCGUGCCUCCGUCGUCGAGGAGAGCGCGAAAGCGAAGGUCACCGCUCGGGACGCUGCGCGCCUCGAACGGCAACGCAAACUCGCAGAGGUCCUGCGGCAGAAGGCCGACGCAGAAGACCGCGGCGAGGACGUGGAGCGACAGAAGAAUUGGGAGUGGACAAUCGAGGAGAACGACGAGUGGGAGAAGAAGAAGGCCCGCAAGGCCAGACGGGCGGACUUCGAAUUUCAUAACGAUGCUGACGCGGCUCGGAGACGGUACAAGAAGGACUUGGACCUUAUCAAGCCCGAUUUGGUCGCUUACAACAAGCAGAAAGAGCUGGCACUCGGACUACCCGCUGGCACCUUGGUGAAAAUGGGCAACCCCUCCGGGUCCAUCAAUGAAUUUGAUCCUAAAGCUGGCUCCGAGCAGCAACGACUCGCAGCAGAGCACCUCUACCGAGAUGCCAACAGUCUUCUUUACGCUGAUAAUAAACCUAGCGAGGACGCCAUAGACCGAGUUAUCGCGAAAAUCAACCGAGAUGUCGACAAGAAGAGCAAGUUCUCGCGAAAGCGGGCAAACGAGGACGAGGGCGACAUUACGUACAUCAACGAGCGGAAUCGUGUGUUCAACAAGAAGAUCGCGCGGUACUACGACAAAUAUACUGCCGAGAUCCGCGCAAGCUUUGAGCGUGGGACAGCACUAUGA